AUGGUGAUGAGUGCAGAUAAUAUUCGUUUUGUCGUCGGCAUUAUUGGCAAUGUCUUAUCGUUCGUUCUCUUUGCUUCGCCAGUGCCAACAUUUUGUCGAAUCAUCAAAAACAAAUCGGUGGAGGAGUUCCACCCGUACCCAUACCUUGCAUCUACAAUGAACUGUAUGAUGUGGAUUUUCUACGGCAUGCCUUUCGUUCAUCCACACAGCGUUCUUGUGGUCACCAUCAACAGCAUUGGUCUCUUCAUGCAGUUGUGCUAUAUUUCCAUAUUUUUCUUCUACACUGGCAAAAGAUAUCGGCUACAAAUAGUUUCCAUUUUGUUCGGUGAAAUCGUGGGGCUGGCCGCCGCCGUAGCUGGAACCAUGUUAGGCUUGCACACUUACGCAAGUAGAACCACGGUUGUGGGAAUUCUGGCAACCGCCUUCGGAAUUUGUAUGUAUGGAUCCCCUCUAACAAUCAUGUACAAGGUGAUCAAAACAAAGAGUGCUGAAUUCUUGCCAAAGACGCUUUCCAUAGCAUGCUUCCUUAAUGGAAUCUGCUGGGCCGGCUAUGCUCUCCUCAAGUUUGAUCCCUACAUCUUGACUGGAAACGGAGUUGGAGCACUAUUAGCAUUAGUUCAGCUGGCAUUGAUCGUCAUUUACCGCAACCCGCCUCCCAAAGACGAGAAGCCAUCUAAAGUGGAGCUCCAAAACGUCGUCUGAUUUCUCCCAAC